CCCGUAAUGUCGGAACCGGUUUAGUCACAAUUCCUCUUUGCAACUUAAUUCAUUUCAUUUCCGAAUUCCGAGCACGUAUGAAAUCUGUUCUCCUGGAUUCGGCGUUAUAAUUCAAUUCCAGAUCUCGCCAUUGUUCGGCUUCGUGUAGCUUUUCCUAGAUCUCUUUGAUCUCGAGGCUUCAUUCGUUCAUUUUUCACUCCGUUUUCUCGCCGGUACUUCCUGGAUCUUCGAUCUAUGAGAUGGUUGUCUGCAAAUGUCGCAAGGCAACUAGGCUUUAUUGCUUUGUCCAUAAAGCUCCAGUCUGUGGAGAAUGCAUAUGUUUCUCAGAACAUCAAAUCUGUGUGGUGAAAAAGUACUCUGAUUGGGUCAUUGAUGGGGAAUAUGAUUGGCCACCAACAUGCUCUUUCUGCAAUGCUACAUUAGAAGAAGGAAAGGAUCAAACUACAAGAUUGGGUUGCUUGCAUCUUAUGCACACAAGUUGCUUGGUCUCACAUAUUAAGAGCUUCCCACCUCAAACUGCACCUGCAGGAUAUGUUUGUCCUACAUGUUCUACCCCUAUAUGGCCCCCUGUAAGUAUCAAAGAUACAGGAUCUCGCUUGCAUUCAAAGCUUAAGGAAGCAAUAAUUCAGAGUGACCUGGAGAAAAAUGUAUUUGGAAAUCAUGUAGUUUCUUCUACUGCAUCAGAGCACCGAGUUCCUCCUGCUUUUACUUCUGAUCCAUUGGUUCGCAUAUCUGUGGCUGAAGAGAAAGACAAAGGUAGAACAGCUUCAGUUAAUUCUGAUAAAGAUUCAAGACCGACAAUAUCUUUACCAGUCACAGAUGACAAGUACUUUGAUGAAUUAUAUAACACGAGUGUUGGAGCUGGUUCUUCCAAGGUUACAGAAUCUGAGAUUAUUGAAGUUGAUGGUCCUAAUGCUUUAGAAAACCAAUUGAUGAAAGAUCAGGAACCCCUUCCUAUAAAAACUCCAGGGGCCACUACAAGGAAGCCAACUUACAAUGAGAAGAAGUAUUCUGAAACAUCGUACCAUGCAGAUGAUGAAGAUGGAACAAACAAAAAGUACACAAGACGAGGUCCCUUUCGCAACAAGUUUCUGAGGAUGUUGCUGCCUUUCUGGUCAAAUGCACUGCCUACUCUACCAGUAACUGCUCCAACAUCACGCAGUGGUGUACAUGACGGAAAAGUGCGCCAUCAAAAAUCUUCAAGGAUGGACCCUAGGAAAAUAUUACUCAUCAUGGCAAUCAUGGCCUGCAUGGCAACAAUGGGAAUAUUGUACUACAGAUUGGCACAGAGCAGUCUAGAUGAAAACACACCAGAAGAUGAGCUCCAGUAGCUACCGUCUUUCCUUCUUGAUCGGCGAUUUCUAUCAGGGUUUUUUAUAGUUUGUCCAAUGCCAACUUGUCAUUAAAAUUCUUCCCAUUGCUGUCAUGAAUUCUGGAGGCACAAGAGGCAUACAGAAAGAGUGUUGUUGAGUAUUUUUUUUUUCUUUUUUAAAAAAAACAAGUGUUGUCGAUGUAUUAACUGCAGAAAAUGUUACUUCAUAUACUUGUCUCAUAAAUCAUGUUCAACAAAGACAUCUUUCUAUUCCCUUCUU